AAAAAAAAAAAAUUGAAUUCAGCUAGAAAGAAAAUCACGGUCCACAUACAGCAAUUUUUUUGUUUUCUCUGGAUUUCGAUUGUCGACCAGAACUACUCUCCAGUUUCAGUCUAGCAAAAAUGUUUGGUACUGGUGGAGGAGGAGGUAGUGUCUAUUGGGGAAGGAAGCAAAACGGAUUCAAGGGAAUUGUCGUUAUUUUCGCUUGGAUUUCAAUUCCUGAGAACCACUUGAAAAACUAUGUGGAUUUGUACUCCUCUCUUGGAUGGAAUUCCAUUGUUUCUCAUGCCGAUUUCCUCAGCGCGUUUGAUCCUGAAAGGGCCUUGUCACUGGCAUUUGUUCUUCUCAAUGAGCUUGUUGAGGGGCUUUGUGUGGGUGCCCAUAUUGGUCAAAUUAAGGAAUUAAGGACUAGACCAUGUCCAAUUGUCUUUGGUGCUUUUUCUGGUGCUCCAAAAGCUUGCAUGUACAAGGUUUUACAGAUUAUUCAAGAAUCAUCAUAUGAUAGUCAUAUUAAUGUGUAUGAGAGUCGAUUGCUCAGAAAUUGUGUUUCUGGGCAUAUCUAUGACUCAAGCCCAGUUGAUUUUACAAGUGAUUUGGGUGCCCAAUUUGCUCUACCAUCUACUAUUCGAAAGAUGCCUGGUCCAUCAAAACUUGUAUCUUGGUUUGCAAAAGGUGUUGCUUCUGGUCUAGAUGGUUUAUAUCUUACCAGGUUUGAAUCCCAGCGUGUUGAGUAUUGGCAGACUCUAUACUCUUCAGUUGACUUGGAGGCACCUUAUCUGAUUUUAUGCUCAGAAAGUGAUCACCUUGCACCUUGUAAAAGUAUUUGCCGAUUCGCUCAACGUCUACAAGAUCUUGGCGGAGAUGUUAAGUUUGUGAAGUGGAAUGUUUCACCUCAUAUUGGUCAUUACAAGCAUUAUCCAAUCCAAUAUAGGGCUGCUGUGACUGAUUUGCUUGAGAAGGCUGGUUCAGUUUAUUCUCGAAGAAUCCAACAACUUAGAGAGGGAGCUGGCCUGGAUGGUAUUUAUGAUGAGAUGCCUGAACUGAUCUGCAACCUCCAGAAAGCAGCAGUUAACUCAAACCAAAGCUUAAGAAGGGUUGCGGUUGAACCAAGUGACCAUUUCUUUGUGCCGACUUCAGGAGAAAAUCGCAAUACUGGAGAGUCACAGCCUUUACUAGAUGAAAGGAAAGAAACAUCUAUUUAUCUACCAACCUCUCCCAGCAUGAGUGCAAAUAGUGUUCUUGGGAAAAUGCUCUUUGACGUUUGUGUUCCCAAGAACGUUGAAGGUUGGGAUAUUAGAUUUUCAGGUUCUGUGAAUGGGCAACCAAUUGCCUCUGCUAGAAGGCAUUCACCUAUCAAAUUCACUCGUCGCUCAAAAUUAUAGUUAUAUAUUGAUUAAAUAUAAUCAGAAAUUCUACCAUUUGCAUCAAGAGCCUUGAGUUCUAAAGGAAGAUUGAUUCCUCUGAAUUCUGUGCAAAUGGUGAGCAAUGAGUUGUGAAGAUGAGGUGGUUUUGACAGUUGACGUGAAAACUAGGUAUACCUUUUGCUUUAAGCUUCUUGCCCGUUCCUUUGGCAUAUAGUGUACAGGUUGAAGAAGUGGAUGAUGGCAUGUAUAUAGAGAAACACACGUUUGACAAGAGUUUGCUUCGUAUGUAAUGCCCAUUGUGGUCGGGUACUCACUUAGAAGUGGGGUUUCUUAGUGGAGUAUUAACAGAUAAUCUCAUAAAAAUGGUUACGAGGAGCUUUCUGCACAAAAUGUAAAUACAGAAUGUAUGUGAAACAUAUCCUUUUCGUAUGGGAUUCUGAUGGUAGAACAAUGGAUUAUCAUAUA